GGCCCCAUAUUGGAUCAGCCUCUCGAGUCUCUCCUUCACCGAUCGAAGUGCUUCGCUUCUCGUCUCUUGUUCGUCCGCGCGGGUUGUCCGCGAACAAAAGGCUUCCACCAGGUUCUGCUUAGCCUAGGGCACACAUUUUAAGGAUGUAGUUGCAACCCUCAACUAACAUAUGUCGUGUUGUAAACCGCGGGAUUGGGGAAAUGUGGAACGCGGGCUGAAGAAAUAACUGGGGUCCGUUAACGCCACACUGACAUAAUGUUCACAGUCACCGAGUUUGCCUCCUUGAAUGACGUCCAUCCAACAUACCGCAUCUUGAAGCCAUGGUGGGAUGUCUUCAUGGACUACCUGAGCCUGGUCAUGCUGAUGUUGGCACUAUUCGCCAUGACCAUGCAGAUCACCAAGGACCAGGUAGCUUGCCUUCCUUUCAUGGAGGAAUCACAGGAGAACUCUGGAAAUUACUCCUAUCCCACACAUACUGCGCAGGAAGUAGUUGCUGCGAUGGCUAAGGGAGGCGAGAAAUGCACUAAUCAGCAUCAAGCACCGGGAAUCAAGACAAAUUUGGACUUUCAGCAGUAUGUGUUUAUCAACCAAAUGUGUUAUCACCUUGUCUUGCCCUGGUAUUCCAAAUUCUUCCCCUACCUCAUCCUGAUCAACACUGUUAUCCUUAUGGUCAGCAGCAAUUUCUGGUUCAAAUUUCCCAAGACGAGCUCUAAAAUAGAACACUUCGUUUCCAUUCUGUGUCGAUGUUUCGAGUCUCCUUGGACUACUAAGGCGGUGUCUGAAACGGCCUGCGAAGACUCUGAGGAGAACAAGCAGAGGUUGAGCGGUACCUCUUUUGCAAUUAAGAAGGCUUCUUUAGAGGGGAAGGAGGAAGGUUCCAGUUCCACCUUAACCUCCCCUAUGCUUGAAGGUGUGGUCUCUGCAGAUAUGCCCAUUGCCGAAGCACCGACGGCCAGUAUGCCCAUAUUGGAUAAAAAGGACGGGGAGCAGGCCAAAGCCCUGUUUGAGAAAGUGCGGAAGUUCCGAGCUCACGUGGAGGACAACGAUUUCAUCUACAGGUUUUACGCAGCUCAGACCAUUUUCAAAACGGCCACAUUUAUUUCAAUGCUCUCCUACACCUCGAGCUUUUUGGUUAAAAUUAAUUUUAUACACAUCUGUGAGACCGAUGUCAAAGCGUUGGUAGGGUAUGGGAAGUUCUUUUGUACGCAUAACAUGGCUUUCAUGUUGGACAAGGUGCUUAUUUGCUACAUAGCUCUGAUGAUAAUGUAUGGGAUGGUGUGUCUUUACUCCCUCUUUUGGGUAUUUCGAGGACCUUUGAAGGAGUAUUCCUUUGAGAAAGUCAGAGAAGAGAGUAGCUUUAGUGACAUUCCAGAUGUCAAAAAUGACUUUGCAUUCCUCUUACACAUGGUUGACCAAUACGACCAACUAUAUUCCAAGCGCUUUGGUGUAUUCCUGUCUGAGGUGAGCGAGAACAAGCUAAGGGAGAUUAGCCUCAAUCACGAGUGGAACUUCAAAAAAGCGAGGAAGUGCGUGACCCGUAAUGCACAAGACCAGCAGGAGCUGCACCUUAAGAAUCUCUUUGGUCUACCAAAUGUGGUCUUCGACCUCACCGACUUGGAGGUGCUCAAGCUGGAGAAGAUUCCCGAGGUCAGAUUUACUGCUAACGUCUCUCAGAUGACCAGUCUGAGGGAGCUGCACCUCUACGAGUGUCCCGCCAAAGUGGAGCAGACGGGUUUUGCCUUCCUCCGCGACCAUCUCCACAGCCUUCACAUCAGUUUUACUGAUGUUGCCGAGAUCCCGACGUGGGUCUUCUUGCUGAGGAAUUUGCGAGAGCUUUACAUCAUCGGGAAUUUGAGCUCUGAAAAUAACAGGAUGGUCGGUCUGGAAUCCAUGAGGGACUUGCGCCAUUUAAAGACAUUAUACCUGAAGAGCAACCUCCCAAAAUUGCCCACCAACAUCACAGACGUGUCACACCACCUGGUUAGAUUAGUGGUGCACAACGACGGCACAAAACUAUUCGGACUGAAUACUCUGAAAAAAAUGACCAACCUCAUCGUCCUGGAAUUUCACAGUUGUGAGCUGGAGAAGAUUCCUCACGCUAUUUUCAGCUUGCUCAACCUGCAGGAGCUUGAUCUGAAGUCGAACAACAUCCGGACCAUAGAGGAGAUCGUCAGCUUCCAGCACCUCAAGAGGCUGACGUGUCUCAAAUUGUGGUACAACCAAAUCACAGCAAUCCCCUCCUCCAUUGUCCAGGGCAAGUCUCUGGAGGCUCUCCACCUCUCACACAAUAAACUGGUGUCCCUGCCACCGGCAUUGUUCAGACUACCUAAACUACAAUACUUGGAUGUGGCCCACAACUUAAUCCAGGUGCUCCCGCCGGAUGUGGGUAUCCUGCUAGACCUGCUGCACCUGGACAUCACUUCCAAUAAGCUGGAGACGUUGCCCAAGAAUCUGUUUAAGUGCACCAAGCUGAGGGUGCUGUGCUUGGGCCACAACGAGCUUAGGGAACUGUCAGAGGCUGUGGGCGACCUGGUUCAGCUCAAUCAUCUGGAGCUGAAGGGCAACAGUCUGGAAAGGCUGCCUGCGCAGCUUGGCAACUGCCGCCGGCUGCUCAGGAAUGAGUUCCUAGUGGAGGAUCACCUCUACAUGACGCUGCCUGUGGAAGUCAAGGAAAACAUUAGCCGAGACAGCGCUAUGGCCAGUACAAGUGUCUUAUAGCAGGGGUUCUCAAACUUUUUGGGUCCGGGGAGAUUUUUUCCCAAUGCCUUCAUAAUCCUUGUGCCAAUUAAAAAUAACCACCUUGUGUACAGUGAACGCCCACUAUAUGAUUGCGAAAAUUUGCGAGUAAUUGAAUCAAAGAACCAAAAUGGUGGCAACGCAACUUAUUUCUAUUAGACAAGACUAUAGACCAACUAAAUGAAGCUCCUCCCCAUCACUUUAACAGAGUCCCUUGUUCCAAAGAUGUCACAAGAUGGCGCUAAAGCAAUAUUUUUCAUAUUGGAUAUGAGUUUGGAGGAUAGGUUCCUCCAAAAACAUCAAGAAUGCCGAACUCACUUUAUCCCUAAAUGACACUGGAAUUAAAAAGUUGCCUACUUUUGAGAAAAUACAGUCCCCUCAAAAGUAUUGCAAAUGACAAGGUCAAUUCAUUUGUUUUUGAUGUAUACUGAAGACAUUUGGGUUUCAGAUCAAAAGAUGAAGAUGAGACAGACGUUAAGAAUUCCAGCUUUUAUUUUGUAUUUACAUCUAGAUGUGUUAAACAACUCAGGAACGGGCACCUUUUGUUGAAGCCACCCACUUUUCAAGCAAGCAAAAGUAUUGGAACAGACAUGAUUAACUUAGUGAAUAACAUUUAAUAUUUGGUGGCAUAACCCUUACUUGCAAUAACUGCAUCAAGCCUGCGACCCAUUGACUUCACCAGACUGUUGCAUUCUUCAUUUCAAACACUUUUUCAAGGCCUUUACCGCUGUCUCUUUCAGUUCUUGUUUGUUUCUGGGGGUUUCUCCCUUCAGUCUCUUCAGGAGUUAAAAUGCAUGCUCUAUUGGGUUCAGGUCUGGUGAUUGACUUGACCAGUCCAAGACCUUCCACUUCUUCUCACUGAUGAAGUCCUUUGUUGUGUUAGCAGUGUGUUUUGGGUCAUUGUCUUGUUCUGUGAUGAAGGUUCUCCCGAUUAGUUUGGAUGCAUUUUUCUGUAAAUUGCCAGACAAAAUGGUUUUGUAGACUUCAGAAUUCAUUCUAUUGCUACCAUCAUAAGUUACAUCAUCAAUAAAGACUAGUGAGCCUGUUCCAGAAGCAAUCAUGCAACCCCAAGCCAUGACAUAACCGCCACCAUGCUUCACAGACGAGCUUGUGUGUUUUGGAUCAUCAGCGGAUCCUUUCUUUUGCCAUACUUUGGUCUUUCCAUCAAUUUGGUAGAGGUUACUCUUGGUCUCAUCAGUCCAUAAAACUUACAAAACGUUUGUGCCUCAUCUCUGUACUUCUUUGCCAAAUCCAAUCUGGCCUUCUGAUUCUUUUUGUUGAUGAGUGGUUUGCAUCUUGUGGUCUGCCCUCUAAAUUUCUUUUCUCAAAGUCUUCUUCGAACAGUGGAUUGUGAUACGUUCACCCCUGCCCUGCGGAGGUUGGCAGUGAUGUCACUGACUGCUGUCUUUGGGUGUUUCUUUACAGCUCUCACAAUGUUUCUGUCAUCAACUGCUGUUGAUACCCUUGGCCGACCUGUUCGGUGUCUGUUGCUCAGUACAGCAGUAGUUUCUUGCUUUUUCAGGACAUUCCAAAUUGUUGUAUUGCCGAUGCCCAAUGUUUGUGCAAUAGCUCUGAUCGAUUUUCUUCUCUCAGCUUCAAAAUGGUUGGCUUUUCUCCGACAGACAACUCUCUGGUCAUCAUGUUUGCUUAACAACAAAUUCAGUUUUCACAGGUGAAACCCAAAGCCAAAAAAAAGCACUAAUGUUUAAGUAAUCAGUCUAAAAGGCAACACCUGAGCAACGAGAAACACCCACCAGUCACGUUCCAAUACCUUUGCUCACUUGAAAAGUGAGUGGUUUCAAACAAAAGGUGCUCUGUCCUGAGUUGUUUAACACACCUAGAUGUAAAUACCAUGAAAUAAAAGCGAGAAUUCUAAUCUUUUGUCUCAUAUUCAUCUUUUGAUCUAAAACCCAAAUGUCUUCACUGGGAAUUGACCUUGGUGUUCCAAUACCUUUGGAGGGGACAGUAAGUCUUAAUGUUAUGAUAACAAAUUCAGAUUUUUCAGAGCAACAAAAGUUGUAAUCUCUUGAAAAAAAGUAAUUAUCUUUACAAGAGUGAAGAUGUAUUUUUGUCGUGAUAAAAAGUCGAAGGAGUAUUUUCUGAAUUACUACCUAUCCAUGACAGUCAACACCCGUAUAUUCGCAGUUUGGGAUUUGCAAAUUCACAUAUUCGCAGAUUUGUUUUUGUGCUCAGGCUAAAGGAAUAAAAAUAUUGCUUCGUUGCCAUUUUGUGGCAUCUUGGUGGGAAACAAUUGUGUUUAAAUAAGUUGAGGCGCUUUUGAGUGCUUUUUUGUAUUGUUUCAGUUACGGAACAUUGACCAGCUGACUUUGAUACAGUAUGCUACGUUUUAAAUGUGCAACAGCAAUGAUGUAAUUAACAGCGCGGAUGAGUAGUGCGGCAACAUUUUUUUUUCAUCUUACUGAUGAGUGACCUAUAUUGCGUACUACAACCCCAAUUCCAAUCACGUUGGGACAUUGUGUUAAACAUACACAAAUCAUUUGCAAAUCAUGUUCAACCUAUAUUUAAUUGAAUACACCACAAAGACACUAUAUUUAAUGUUUAAACUGAUAAACUUUGUUUUUAGCAAAUCAUAAUUAACUUAGAAUUUUAUGGUUGCAACAGGUUCCAAAAAAGCUGGGACAUGUGGCAAAAAAGACUCAGAAAGUUGAGGAAUGCUCAUUAAACAUCUGUUUUGAACAUCCCACAGGUGAACAGGCUAAUUGGGAACAGGUAGGGUGCAAUGAUUGGGUAUAAAAGGAGAGUCCCUGAAUUGCUCAGUCAUUCACACGCAAAAGUGGGGCGUGAGAAAAUAGUCAAACAGUUUAAGGACAAUGUUCGUACAAUUGCAAGGAAUUUAAGGAUUUAAUCAUCUAUGGUCCAUAAUAGCGGCACGGUGGCCGACUGGUUAGAGCGUCAGCCUCACAGUUCUGAGCUGCGGUGUUCAAUCCCCGGCCCCGCCUGUGUGGAGUUUGCAUGUUCUCCCCAUACCUGCGUGGGUUUUCUCCGGGCACUCCGUUUUCCUCCCACAUCCCAAAAACAUGCAUUAAUUGGAGACUCUAAAUUGCCCGUAGGCAUGACUGUGAGUGCGAAUGGUUGUUUGUUUCUGUGUGCCCUGCGAUUGGCUGGCAACCAGUUAAGGGUGUACCCCGCCUCCUGCCCAAUGAGAGCUGGGAUUGGCUCCAGCACGCCCGCGACCCUAGUGAGGAGAAGCGGCUCAGAAAAUGGAUGGAUGGAUGGUCCAUAAUAUCAUGAAAACGUCACAGAAUCUAGAGAAAUCACUGCAUGUAAGCGGCAAGGCCGAAAACCAACAUUGAAUGCCCGUGACUUUCGAUCCCUCAGGCGGCACUGCAUCAAAAACUGACAUCAAUGUCUCGAGGAUAUUGCCACAUGGGCUCAGGAACACUUCAGAAAACCAAUGCCAGUAAAUACAGUUCGGCGCUACAUCCGUAACUGCAACUUGAAACUCAACUAUGCAAAGCAAAAGUCGUUUAUCAACAACACCCAGAAACACCGCCGGCUUCUCUGCGCCCGAGUUUAUCUAAGCUGGACUGAUGCAAAGUGGAAAAGUGUUCUGUGGUCCGAUGAGUCCACAUUUCAAAUUGGUUUUGGAAAUUGUGGACGUCGUGUCCUUCGGGCCAAAGAGGAAAAGAACCAUCCGGACUGUUAUGGAGGCAAAGUUGAAAAGCCAGCAUCUGUGAUGGUAUUGGCCUGUGUUAGUGCCAAUGGCAUGGGUAACUUACACAUCUGUGAAGGCACCAUUAAUGCCGAAAAGGUACACACAGGUUUUGGAGAAACAUAUGCUGCCAUCCAAGCAACGUCUUUUUCAUGGACGCCCCCGCUUAUUUCAGCAAGAAAAUGGCAAACCACAUUCUGCACGUGUUACAACAGCGUGGCUUCGUUGUAAAAGAGUGCGGGUACGAGACAGGCCUGCCUGCAGUCCAGACCUCCAAUUGAAAGUGAGUGGCGCAUUAUGAAGCGUAAAAUACGACAACGGAGACCCCAGGGUCUCCGCAAGAAGCAAGAAUGGGAAAGAAUUGCAUCGACAAAGCUUCAACAAUUAGUGUCCUCAGUUCCCAAACGUUUAUUGAAUGUUGUUAAAAGAAAAGGUGAUGUAACACAGUGAUAAACAUGUCCCAGUCCCAGCUUUUUUGGAACGUGUUGCAACCAUAAAAUUCCAAGUUAAUGAUUUUCUAAAAACAAUAAAGUUUAUCAGUUUGAACAUUAAAUAUUUUGUCUUUGUAGUGUAUUCAAUUAAAUAUAGGUUGAACAUGAUUUGUAAAUCAUUGUAUGAUGUUCUUAUUUUGUUGACGUUUAACACAACGUCCCAACUUCAUUGGAAUUGGGGUUUUAUAUAAAAUCCCUAUAGAGUGAAUACAGAGUAGGGAAAACUGAAUGAUUCUGAAGACAGACAGAAGAAUAAAGUAAACAUUUUUCAAAAAAGGAAGUUAUAAUUUAACAAGUGAAUUUAAAAAAUACACAUUUUGUUCAGGAAAUGAUUCCUUUAUUCUCUAAAAAAUAGCAUGAUAUUUUUUGAAAAAAUAUCCCUUUUCUUGAAAAAAAAAAUGCAAUUCCUGUAAUAAUAAUGACUUUUAAAAAAAAAAAAAAAAAAAAAAAAACUUUAUUCAUGCAGUUAUGUCAGAUUCAUGUCACAAUCACAUCAGAGCUUUUAAUUGACCCAAAGCUCAAGUAGGCAGAGGUAAUUAGUUUUUUAUAUUCGUUUUCUUGGCACUCCCCAUCUUUAUGUAUGCACUUACGAAUACAAUAAUUUAUUUCCAAUUAUUUUUCGGACCCCUAAGCUAUGGCUCACGGACCCAGGUUGAGAACAAUUGUCUGAUAGCACCAAACACCAAGGGCUGGGCAAUGAAUGCAAUUUCAUAACGUUAAUGGCUUGUCUUAGUUGCUCAAUGUUUGUAAAACAGAAUGAAUGUACCUGUCAUUUAAUUAACUUUUUUUUAAUUUUAAGCAUUUCAUAGUUUGUAACCAUAAGGUUAUCUUAAAAGCUUGGUUUGUGUGUGUGUGUGGACCUGUAUUUUAGCCUCUCAGGAACAAUUACAACCAUGGAUGGAAAUCUAUUUGGGGGGAUUUUUUUUUCUUCACGGAGGGCCAAAAUAACCACUUUCUCUUGUGCAUAAAAUUUUUGUUACGCUCAAUACUUGAAUAGAUUCUGCUCCUUUUUUCAUUUCCAUGGUUCAGAAUAUUAGUAGUGUGUGUUGAUCAAUGUCAUAAAUAAAAUAGCAAUUCCAGAAAUGAGUAAAUCACUAGAUAUUAACUUUAAUCACUGUUAUUGAUGUAUGGAAUUCACUUGCAUAAAGAAAUCUGAAUGUUCUCUCUUGCCGUUUUGCUAGACUGUUAGGACCUUAAAGUUUUUUUCUUGUUCUAAAAUGUAAACAUUCACGUGUUUUCAACUUCAACUAAUUAUUCUACAUUGACGACAAAGCUGUCUGACUUCAUCCCACCCAUGUAUUUUUGUAUACUGUACGUCAACGUAUUCGUCGUCAGAGUUGCUGUAUCACCUCAGUGUCCUAUGCUCAAAGUUCACAGCUUUUAUGACUCAAUAAAACAUUUGUAAGACAUACAUAUGUAUACAGUGCAUAUAUCACCGUAAUAAUGUGGUAAAAAUGAAAAGAUAGUUGG